CGGGAGAGCGCCUGGGAGAGUUUCUCCCCGUCCCGGAGCAGAGGUGCUUGCUGAAUCACGCAGGGCCGAUGACAGCAGUGGGCAGGAGGUUUCCCAUCCUGGGACAGGGCAGCCACCAUGAUGGCCUGGAGUCUGGCAGCGAAUAUGUGAAGUUCUCCAAGGAGAAAUACAUCCUCGACUCAUCACCCGAGAAGCUUCACAAGGAGCUGGAAGAGGAGCUGAAGCUGAGCAGCACCGACCUGCGCAGCCAUGCUUGGUACCACGGCCGCAUCCCCCGGGAGGUGUCAGAGAGCCUCGUGCAGAGAAACGGUGACUUCCUCAUCCGUGACUCACUCACCAGCCUGGGUGACUAUGUGCUGACAUGCCGCUGGCGCAAUGAGCCCCUCCACUUCAAGAUCAACAAGGUGACGGUCAAGUCCAGCGAGGGCCAUACCCGUGUCCAGUACCUCUUUGAGCAGGAGAGUUUUGACAAUGUGCCCGCCCUCGUCCGCUUCUAUGUGGGCAACCGCAAGGCCAUCUCUGAGCAGAGCGGAGCCAUCGUCUACUGCCCCAUCAACCGCACCUUCCCCCUGCGCUACCUGGAAGCCAGCUACGGGCUGGCCAACGGGAAGCAUGGGGGACCCCACAGCCCUGCCACCCAGAAAGGGGGGCACAUCAAGAGGAGGAGCAUCACCAUGACGGACGGCCUGACAGCAGACAAGAUCACCAGGGCUGAGGGGUGCCCGACCAGCGUGUCCCUGCCCCACCACAGAGACAUCAUUCGCAACUGUGCCGUCAGCGUGGACCAGAUCCAAGACCUGCACUCCCCAAUGUCCCCCAUCUCCGAGAACCCAGUGUCACCUGCCUACAGCACAGUUACACGGUUAAAGCCUCAUGCCUGCCAAGCAGCCGGGAUUGCCCCAGCCUCUCCUGUCAUAAGAAGGUCCAGUGAGCCCCAGCUGUGCCCGGGGAACAACAGCAAACCUCUGCCAGACCCUGCCCACAGCACCCACUCAACUCCCUGCCACGGGUAUGCCCGUGCCUCCCCCUCUCCCUCUGUGAACAGCUACAGCGACCCGGACUCGGGGCAUUACUGCCAGCUCCACCCCACCUCACCCAUCAGCAGAGACCGGCCAGCUCAUGACACCAAGCAGCUGUCAACAAAGAGCUACAUGGAGAGGCUAAAGGUGGAGGAAGGACAGAGAGGGACUGUGGAGAAUGGCUCUGGGGAAGCAGAAGCAGGGCAGAGGCUGAAAGGAGAGCUGGACUUCAUGGGCUUUGUGCCCCCCACCAUGGAGACAACCUCCUCCUUCAACCCCGCGGCCUUCCAGUCCCUGCUUAUCCCCAUGGAGAACAAACCCCUGGAGAUGGCCGUGCUCAAGAAGGUCAAAGAGCUGCUGGCAGAGGUGGAUGUGAAGACACUGGCCAAACACAUCACCAAAGUGGACUGCCUGGUUGCCCGGAUAUUGGGUGUGACGGUGGAGAUGCAGCGGCUCAUGGGGGUGAGCUCCGGCAUGGAGCUGCUCACCCUGCCCCACGGCCACCAGCUCCGCCUUGACCUGCUGGAACGGUUUCACACUAUGUCCAUCAUGAUCGCCGUGGACAUCCUGGGCUGCACGGGCAGCAUGGAGGAGCGGGCAGCCCUGCUCCACAAAACCAUCCAGCUGGCCGCCGAGCUGAAAAGUACCAUGGGGAACAUGUUCAGUUUUGCUGCUGUCAUGAAUGCUCUGGAAAUGACACAGAUUGCCCGGCUGGAGCAGACCUGGAUGGUGUUGCGGCAGCGGCACACAGAGGGCGCGAUCCUGUACGAGAAGAAGCUCAAGCCAUUCCUGAAAAGCCUGAACGAAGGGAAAGAAGGGCCACCGCUGACCAACACCACCUUUCCCCACAUCAUGCCCCUUGUGACUCUCCUGGAGCGGGAUGAGGCUCUCACGGACAGUCCCGAGCCUUGGGAGACCACAGACAAUGGCGUGGAGGUGGUCAUGGCCCACCUGGAGGCAGCACGGAUGGUGGCCCACCAUGGCGGGCUCUACCACACCAAUGCUGAGGUGAAGCUGCAGGGUUUCCAGGGCAGAGCAGAGCUGCUGGAGGUCUUCAGCACUGAGUUCCAGCUGCGGCUGCUGUGGGGCAGCCGUGGGGCCGAGAGCAGCCAGGCCGAGCGCUAUGAGAAGUUUGACAAGGUCCUCACCGCCCUGUCCCACAAGCUGGAGCCACCCCUGGUGAGGCAGCAGGUGGUGAAGGGAGUGAGGGAGUUCCUGGAGAACCAGAAUCCGGUGAAACCCCUGGUGAUGUCCUUCCAUGGCUCAACUGGAACAGGCAAAACCUACGUGAGCUCCAUGCUCAUCCGCUACCUCUUCCAGGGUGGACUCGAGAGCCCCUAUGUUCACCAGUUCUCUCCGAUAGUGCACUUCCCCCAUGCUGAGCAGAUAGAACAGUACAAGGAAAGCCUGAAGCGCUGGAUCCAAGGGAACUUGACAAACUGUGGACGGUCGGCCUUUCUCUUUGACGAGAUGGACAAGAUGCACCCGGGCCUGAUUGACGUGAUCAUGCCAUUCCUGGGACCCUCGUGGGUUGUGUAUGGGACCAAUUACCGCAAAGCGAUCUUCAUCUUCAUAAGCAAUGCAGGAGGGGAGCAGAUCAACGAAAUGACACUGGCUCUCUGGCGUGCCCACAAGGACCGGGAGGAGAUCAGCCUUCAGGACCUGGAGCUGGCCAUCUCCCAAGCUGUGUUUGAAAACCCUCAGAGUGGAUUCUGGAAAUCUGGGAUCAUCAACGAACAUCUCAUUGAUUUUGUUGUGCCAUUCCUCCCACUGAAGCGCCACCAUGUAAAGCAGUGCGUCGUCAGUGAACUUAUCCAGCAAGGCCUCGAAGUACGUCCGGAUGUUGUCCAGGAAGUGGCUGACAGCAUCCCCUACUUCCCAGAAGAAGAGAAAAUGUUCUCAUCAACAGGCUGCAAAACAGUGGCCUCUCGGAUCAGUUUUUUCUUCUAGUCACUGGCAAGGGCCUUGCUUAGAUCCAUAGGGGACAUAUAUGGAUCUGUAGAGCGGCAGAGCCCAGGGCUGGUGGGAUGAGCAGUGGGAGCUGCAUGUUCCCUCUUGGGAGCACAAGUGCUCUCCUGAACUCGUCUCUCCAGCCCCAAGGAGGCCACUGCAGGAUGCAGCUGUGGGACCAAGUGCAAGUGAUGUGAUCUAAAGCACUUUACUAAUGUACCCUUGGCCAGGUGAGGGUGGAUACGACCAGCCCAGCACACCACCCAAGACAACUGUGACAACAAGGAGAAGAUGCCAAGAGGGUCUGCAGUGUCAGGGAGGUUUCUUACCCUGUCGGCAGCACCCGCCUGUAGCUUUCCCCUCUCCUGGCAGCUAUUGAUACCCAGCACAUCAAGAUUCUGAGCCCAAAGAAGAAUAUUUCUUUCCUAUGGCAUUUUAAUAUUUUUUAAAGACCUUUUUAAGCAUGGCUGUGCCUCAGCUCCUUGGUACAAUGUGACAGUGCUGGUGCUGACUCCUGCAGUGCUGGCCUGUGAACACCUUCAACAUUGCAGCAAAGUUUUCUUUUCAAGGAAGUUUUCGAGCCAACUUCUUUCCAGCUUCCUUUCACUGUGAAUAGGUGCUGGUAGGGACCAGCUUCACCAUCAACAAGCAUGGAGGGGUUAAUGUGGGAGAUGGCA